GAUUAACACCCAAGAUUGGUUUCCCAUGGAGUGAAAUCCGCAAUAUCUCAUUCAAUGACAAAAAAUUUGUCAUCAAACCCAUUGACAAGAAGGCACCGGAUUUUAUUUUCUAUGCUCCGCGUUUAAGAAUAAACAAAAGAAUCUUGCAGUUAUGUAUGGGCAACCAUGAGCUUUACAUGAGACGCCGAAAACCUGAUACAAUUGAAGUACAGCAGAUGAAAGCCCAGGCUCGGGAGGAAAAGCACAAGAGACAGUUGGAAAGGGCACAGUUGGAGCAGGAGAAACAGAAGCGGGAGACAAUAGAGAAAGAAAAAGAACAGAUGGAGAAGGAAACUCGAGAUCUGAUGCUGAAGCUGAAACAGUAUGAAGAUCAGACAAAGAAAGCUGAAAAAGACUUGGCUGAGCAGAUGCAGCGAGCAAUUCAACUGGAAGAAGAGAGGAAAAAAGCACAACUUGAGGCCGAACGCCUAGAAGCUGAACGUUUGGAUGCUCUCCGAGCAAAAGAAGAGUUGCAGAGACAGGCUGAGGAUCAAAUGAAGAGCCAGGAGCAAUUGGCUUCAGAGUUAUCAGAAUACACAGCCAAGAUUGAAGAACUAGAAGAUGCCAGAAGAUUGAAAGAGGAAGAGGCACAGGAGUGGCAACAACGGGCAAGAAUGGUCCAGGAUGAUUUGGAGAAAACAAAGGAAGAACUGCACAUGGUAUUAUCUGCCCCUGCUCCACCCCCACCUCCACCCCCACCCCCUCCUCCAAUCUACGAGCACCUAGAGGAGAAUGAACAUGACGAUGCUGAAGAGAAUCAUACCACGUACAGUGCAGACCUUGCGACUGAAGGCAUAUUGGAUCACAGAAAUGAAGAAGAGCGAGUGACUGAAGUGGAGAAAAAUGAACGAGUGCAACAGCAACUGAUGCUUUUGAGCAGUGAGCUUGCACAAGCCAGAGAUGAGAGCAAGAAAACGUCCAAUGACAUAAUUCACAUGGAAAAUGUCCGGAAAGGUCAAGACAAAUAUAAGACGCUUCGCCAGAUCCGGCGAGGGAACACCAAACAGAGGGUGGAUGAGUUUGAAUCAAUGUAAAAUUUCACUGACAGCAGUACUUGUGCAUGUACAGAAUGAUAAUCCAUUUAAGUUUUUCACUUUUCCUGGUGAUCGCUGGAGCAAACAGCUUGGAUUCUUUAGUAAAGAGAUUGUCGGGCCACAACCUGAAUUUUUUUUUCUCCCAAACUUGUUCCGCUAAGUUUCCAUUUUGUAAAAAUUUUGAAUAGUUUCUGUUUUGAGUUCCUUCAUUUUUGCACAGUGAAAUGGAUAAUUGGUCAUUUUCUGUAAAUUUCGGUCUGAAAUGAUGUACUGCAGUGCAAAAACAAUUGUUUUGUUGCCAAACAUGCUUAACAAGUAAGCAUCUUUUUCGAUAGGGAAGGAAUUUAAUCUAUGUCUGAACAUUAUAGCUGAAAUGGUGAAGAUUAGGAAUUGGAGAACAGAAUUUUCACUAAAAGGAAAUUGCUUCAUUGCAUCACUUACACCGCAGUGCCACAAGCCCAUGAUCACUCAGGUGAAAAGAUGAUUUCAAAUAGUAUUUGCCACUCUACCGGUGAGGAUUCCUAUUAUACUUUGCAAAUAUUAAUGUCAUAAUGUGACUAUACUGAAAUGAUCAAUGGCAGAUACAUAAUUUAAACACUUUUAGAUGCUAUCACCUUUCUGUGCAUCUUCAUGCAGAUUAUAAACUUCCAUAAGUUGUGAUAUUACAUUAAAACCCAUCAAUGACAGCCUAUUAAAUUUGUGUGGGGAAAUGUUCCUGCUUUGUAUAUUCUUGCUCUUUGAAAAUUUGGGCUUCAACACUUGGAAGAUGAAUGAUAAUAAUGAAUAACAAUAAAUGGUAGUUUUAUGAUACUGAAGCAAAUCUGACAUUAUUUUAUAGAUCUAAAUCUAUUUCUAAAUAUUUUUAGGCCAAAUGAGUAAUAAGGCAUGUUUGUAAAAAUUCAAUGGCAAGAGCAAAAUCUUGUGUUCUAUUUAAUCUGACCAACUGAUAAAGACACAUAUUGUAGCCAAAUAUGCCAAUCUUUAGACAUUUUGAAACUUCAUAUGUAAAGAUUUGUAAUUCAACAUUGUUGCAUGUUCUCCAUACCUUGGGGAUGUGAAAUUUGUUGUACUAUGUUAUCACUAUGCUUUCAUAAUAAUGUGCUUAUCAAAAUGACAACUCUGUUCCACCGAUCUGUACUUUGGGUAUCCUGCACUUUGUACUUGCAAGUCUUGUACUAAAAUGUUCUUUGCGAUAUUGAAUUGCAUCUAAUAAAGAUUUUGGCAAUGGUUUUGGA